UGACAGAUGUUCAGCACCAAGUUCUUCAUUUCCAUAAAGAGUUAAUCUACACAACAUGGCUCUCUCUGGGGGUUGAUUCAAGAUGCAUCUUUUUGGAGCUCUGUGCCUGUUUGUGACUCUGUCUACAGCGUGUGGAUUGAGAUGCUACACGUGCACAGCCACCCAGCCCAGGUCCUGCAUUGACACCAAAUCUUGCCCCGUCAUCUUCAACCGCUGUUACUCUCUCAAAUUCGACGGUUACGACAUGGUUACCAAGGGCUGCCAAACCAGUAUAGCAUGUGGAGGUGCCAUGGCGUGCUGUGAAGGGGACUUGUGUAACAGCGCCACACUGACGCGUCCCAGCGUCGUCCUCCUGCUGGUGUCCUCGGCCGCCAUCGCACUGUUGAACAGCCACAGCGAGGAAGGCGUUCUUAUCCACUCUGCAGGGAUCCAAAGUCUGUGUUUCUCUCAGUUCAUGAUGCGGCUUUAUGGAGCUCUGAUCCUGUUUAUGAUUCUGUCCACAGCAUGUGGAUUAAAGUGCUACACAUGUGUAUCUCGUGACCCUCUAUCCUGCUUACGGAAAACAUCUUGUCCAGAACCCCUGGACCGCUGUUUCUCCGUCAAUGUGACUGGUUACAUGACUAAGGGUUGUCGGAAAGAAACGAACUGCGUAAAACCCAUAUCUUGCUGUGAAGAGGACUUUUGUAACAGUGCCAUCAUGCUCAAUGGUCCCAGAGUCGCCCUCCUGCUAGUGUCCUCGGCCAUCACCGCUCUCUUUCUCUGAGGCUUUAGAGCUGAAAAUAUAUAUUUUUUUCUUACCAAACUUGUAUAACUUUAGAACAAUAAUAUACGAAACCUAAGGCUUUAUUGAUUAAAUUCACAAUAUAAUUGCCAUCAAUAUUUUUGUUUCCUGAAGGUUCUUCUUCUUGGGUCUUUCGGUUCUAGAUUACUAUUGCAGCAAUAACAACAAAAAAAUCUGUUUGUAGUGAAGCCCUAAUUAGAAAACAGUACAAGACAUGAAAUAAAAAAUGAGCAAUCAUGAGCUAAUCAAUAAAUCAUAUUGUUUGUUGUUUAA